AUGUGUUUGGUGUUCGUGUGCGAUCAAGACGAGAGAGUGAUCGGAAGAUACGCAGCUCCUGGAGCAUGUCCGUACUGCGGUGGAAUGGUUCAAACGGUGGACGUAGAAAGCCAGUGGAGAUUCUGCUUCGUCCCUCUCUAUAACAAAGCCAAACGUCGCCUUAUUUGCUCUACCUGUGGUAAACGCCUCAUCGCCCAUUCCUAA